AUGACGACAACCUUAAACACAUCAUCACGCAUGAUGGAGCUGAUCCGCCAGCACCUCCUCGAAGAAGCAGACUCGUUCUUCGACAACGUGACUACACUUUGUUUCUCAGAAAUCGAGUCUUCUUCAUCUGGGUCGGAUCUCAAAUCUCCGGUUGCCCAGGACGAUUUGCAGAUAAUUAAGAAGUCGGAGUCGGUGAAAGGCGAAGUGGAAUAUAGUGCGGUGAGGCAGUACAAGGGAGUGAGGAGGAGGCCGUGGGGGAAGUAUGCGGCGGAGUUAAGGGAUCCGACGAGGAAAGAGAGAUAA